CACCCGUAGUUAAAGCCAGAGUUGCCAGCGCCUCCUUCCAUCCAAUAAUCGAAAAAAGCUUUGAGCUUUAUUACUUCUGAUAAGAAUACAAGUUUCAGUUUUCAAAUUCUGUCCAUUUUAUAAUUAAAUUAAAACAAUAAAUAACGUUUUGACUCUCUUAAAUGUGACGUGUUCAGAAGGCAGCGCGCGAGUCUUUUCUUCCUCUUUAACACAAGUCAUGUCCCGAAAAACAUGAACGAACAUCAAAGGGUGCAGUAAGAACCUCUCAACCUCAGUGAAGAUGAAGAGCUUUCUAACACUCAUUUUCCAGUUUUUGUGAUCAGACUCAUCGCAGCUGGAAACGUGAGGCUGGUGGGUGGUAAUAAUUCCUGUGCUGGUAGAUUGGAGGUUUAUUAUAGUGGAGAAUGGGGAACUGUGUGUGAUGAUUAUUGGAGUUUGACAAACACUGCAGUGGUGUGUAGAGAGCUGGACUGUGGCAAUACUUCACAUAUAAUGCGUGCUGCUCACUUUGGACCUGGAUCAGGAAAAAUCUUGAAGGAUAAUGUGAUGUGUAGUGGAUCAGAGUCCACAAUUCUCAACUGCAAUAGUGCAAAAAUGAGUGACAUUAACUGUGAGCAUAGUGAAGAUGUUGGAGUUAUCUGUUCAGGAGUCCGGCUGGUUGGAGGUUCACGCUGCUCUGGAAGACUAGAGGUGCCUCAUGGGAACACAUGGAUGUCAGUGUGUGCUGCUGCCUUUGACCAGCAGGAUGCAGAGGUUGUGUGUAGAGAGCUGGACUGUGGGGCUCCUGUACAGGUGCUGGGAGAAGAUGCUUUUGGAAAAGGAGACGCUCAGAUGUGGACACAAGAGAUUCAGUGUAGAGGAAAUGAGUCUCAGUUUGCUCUCUGUCCAGUGUCACCACACAAUUGUUUCUAUGACAACGAUGUGAGCGUUAUAUGUGCUGAAACAGUGAGAUUAGUAGGUGGUAAGAGUUCCUGUGCUGGUAGAGUGGAGGUUCUUCAUGAUGGUCAGUGGGGAACAGUGCAUGACGAUGGCUGGGAUAUGACUGAUGCUGCAGUGGUGUGUAGAGAGGUGGGCUGUGGAGAGGCUUUAAGUGCACCAAAGAAUGCUCACUUUGGAGAAGGAUCAGGAAAAAUCUGGAUUCAUGAUGUACUGUGUACUGGAUCAGAGUCUACAUUGAAGAACUGUAGAUUCAAUGGAUGGGGAAUAGAAGCUAAACAUACUGAAGAUGCUGGAGUCAUUUGCUCUGGAGUCAGGCUGGUUGCAAGUUCCCGCUGUUCUGGCAGAGUAGAAGUGCCUCGUGAUCGGAUGUGGGUGUCAGUGUGUGCUGCUGCCUUUGACCAGCAGGAUGCAGAGGUUGUGUGUAGAGAGCUGGACUGUGGGGCUCCUGUACAGGUGCUGGGAGAAGAUGCUUUUGGAAAAGGAGACGCUCAGAUGUGGACACAAGAGAUUUGGUGCAGAGGAGAUGAGUCUUUUUUAUCUUUGUGUCCAACAUCAUCGAUCAAAUACAACUGUACCCAUGAGAAUGACAUUGGACUGAUAUGUUCUGGUUACACUGAUCUCAGACUGGUCAAUGGUCCUGACAUCUGUUCUGGUCGAGUUGAGCGUCAGUACUUCAGUAAAUGGGGCACAGUGUGUGAUGCAUGCUGGGAUAUGAGAGCUGCCAGUGUCCUCUGUAGACAGCUGAAUUGUGGGAUUGCUGUGUCUGUUGUGGGAUCAGACUGGUUUGGAGAGGGAAGUGGUGAAAUCUGGGCUGAUGUGUUUGAUUGUGACGGGAAUGAAACAAAACUCUCAGAAUGUUCCAUCUCUUCAUGGAGUCGAGCUGAAUGUUCUCAUAGACGAGAUGUUGGAGUCAUCUGCUCUAAUUCCUCUCUGGCUGUUCAUGACGGUCUGGUGCGGUUGUCUGGAGAGAGACAGUGUGAGGGGGAGGUGGAAGUUUCCAUCCAUCAGGUCUGGAGGAGAGUUCUGCUGGACUCCUGGAGUCUCACUGAAUCCUCUGUGGUCUGCAGACAGCUGGGCUGUGGCUCUGUGCUGAACUUCUCCGGCUCCUCUUCAUCCAGUCCUGAACACAGUCAUGAGUGUGUGACGGGCUUCCAGUGCUCUGGGAGUGAAGCUCAUCUGGGGAACUGCAGAUCUCCACAAACUCUCAACUGCAGCUCCACACAACAGCUGUCAAUCACCUGCCUUGGUCGCGGGUCCAUCAGGCUGGUGGGUUCUGGGGGAGACUGUGCAGGGAGGCUGGAGGUUUUUCACAGCGGCUCAUGGGGGACAGUGUGUGAUGACUCCUGGGAUAUUAAAGACGCCCAUGUGGUGUGCAGACAGCUGCAGUGUGGAGUGGCCCUCAGUAACCAGCAGGUACCAGCCUGGUUUGGUCCUGGUUCUGGACCCAUAUGGCUGGAUGAGGUGGAGUGUGAGGGGAAUGAGACGUCCCUGUGGAGCUGCUCUUCUCCAGGCUGGGGAAAACAUGACUGUCAACACAAGGAGGAUGUAGGAGUCGUGUGCUCAGAGUUUAAAGAGAUCAGGUUAACUGAGGGCUGUGAAGGGAAUGUGGAGGUUUUCUACAAUGGAUCUUGGGGAAAUGUGUGUUACAAUAAGAUGGACAGAGACACAGCGAGUCUGAUCUGUCAGGAGCUGAACUGUGGAAGAUCUGCCAGUGAACCCAGUAAUUCAGAGGGACUGAAGUCUCAUAAUUGGCUUGAUGAUUUUAAUUGUCGACGUCAUGAUUCCACUCUAUGGCAGUGUCCAUCUUCACCCUGGGGACUGAAUGACUGUGAUAAUGAAGUGGCCAAAAUCACCUGCUCAAUGGAGGAAAGUCAUGAAUCUCCUCAGAGUCGGAUUACAUGUUCAAACUCACCAUCUCCUCACCAGAGACAGUGUUCAAAUCAUGUUCCUCUCAGACUGAGUGGAGGGGAGGGCCGGUGCUCUGGGAGGCUGGAGGUGUAUCAUAACGCUGUGUGGGGCUCAGUCUGUGAUGAUCUGUGGGACAUCAGCGAUGCUCAGGUGGUCUGCAGACAGCUGGGUUGUGGAGCAGCACUGAGGGCUGAUGGGAAUUCAGUCUUUGGUGCUGGUGAAGGUGUUGUGUGGCUGAACAGAGUCGAGUGCAGAGGGAAUGAGAUUCACCUGUGGGACUGUCCUCUCUCCCUGAAGAACCACACUGACUGCUCCAACAAAGAUCACGCUGGACUCACCUGUGCAGAUUCACCAGAUUUGUCAGUGUCCACUACUCCUGCCACAACAACAUCAUCUUCUCCUCCAGUUUCUCAGACAGUGAGCUCAACAUCAGUCUUUCGUUCACAAACUCCUCCGUCUCUCUCUGUGCUUGUGAUUGUACUGGGAGUUGUGCUCUUACUGCUCUUAGUGCCACUGCUUAUACUGAUUCAGCAGAACAGAGUGAUGAGGAGAGCUCUCUCUAAGAGGAGACACAGGAGCACGACUGAGGCCGUUUAUGAGGAGAUUCAUCACAGACACAAUCAGUUCACUCAGAGGGGAAGUGUCCUUUCUGAAGAACAGCAUUCUGGGUAUGAAGAUGCUGACAAGUUUCUUUCAGCGCAACAACCCAGAGCAGAGAAUUAUGAUCAUAUAAUGAUUGUUACACUGAGACAUCAUGCUACAGAUGACAUAUCAGAAACAUAUGAUGACGUCAUCAUCAUACAGCAGUUCUCCAAUAAUAAAGCAGAUCCAGGCUUUGAUGCUGAAUAUAACCUGCAGUGUUUCUCUCUCAAUCUCUUUAAGUUUAGUCUGAAAUCAUUUACAUGUAAUAUUACACUUACAUACUAUGUUUACUCUCUCUCAUGUGUAGAUAGUGUGAAUGUGAGGUUGGUGAAUGGCAAUAAUCCCUGUGCUGGUAGAGUGGAGGUUCUUCAUGAUGGUCAGUGGGGAACAGUGUGUCAUGAUAACUGGGAUCUGACUGAUGCUGCAGUGGUGUGUAGAGAGAUGGACUGUGGGACGGCUGUAGAAGCAACAUAUAAUGCUCACUUUGGACAAGGAUCAGGACCAAUUUCAAUGGGUUAUCUAUACUGUAGUGGACCAGAGACUGCACUGAAAGACUGCUUUUCAGACAGCUGGUAUGCAGCAUGGGUCUGUAAUCAUAAACAAGAUGCUGGUGUCGUGUGUUCAGAACAAGGACUUCGACUCAUGGACGGGUCUCACCUGUGCUCUGGGAGAGUGGAGGUGCUUCGUACAGAAGGAUGGGUUUCAGUGUGUGCUGCUGCCUUUGACCAGCAGGAUGCAGAGGUUGUGUGUCGACAGCUGGACUGUGGGAUUCCUGUACAGGUGCUGGGAGAAGAUGCUUUUGGAAAAGGAAAGGGUCGAGUUUGGUCAGAGGAGAUUCAGUGUAGAGGAAAUGAGUCUCAGAUACACAACUGUUCACGAAUAUCUUCACAGAAGCACAACUGUUCCCAUGACAAUGAUGUUGGAGUUAUUUGUUCUGGUUACACUGAUCUCAGGCUGGUAAAUGGCACAGACUUUUGUUCUGGAAGAGUGGAGCUUCAGUUCCUCAAUGAUUGGGGCACAGUGUGUGAUGCAUGCUGGGAUAUGAGAGCUGCCAGUGUCCUCUGUAGACAGCUGAAUUGUGGGAUUGCUGUGUCUGUUGUGGGAUCAGACUGGUUUGGAGAGGGAAGUGGUGAAAUCUGGGCUGAUGUGUUUGAUUGUGACGGGAAUGAAACAAAACUCUCAGAAUGUUCCAUCUCUUCAUGGAGUCGAGCUGAAUGUUCUCAUAGACGAGAUGUUGGAGUCAUCUGCUCUGAGAGUGAAGCUCAUCUGGGGAACUGCAGCUCUCCACAAACUCUCAACUGCAGCUCCACACAACAGCUGUCAAUCACAAACUUUGGUCGCGGGUCCAUCAGGCUGGUGGGUUCUGGGGGAGACUGUGCAGGGAGGCUGGAGGUUUUUCACAGCGGCUCAUGGGGGACAGUGUGUGAUGACUCCUGGGAUAUUAAAGAUGCCCAUGUGGUGUGCAGACAGCUGCAGUGUGGAGUGGCCCUCAGUAACCAGCAGGUACCAGCCUGGUUUGGUCCUGGUUCUGGACCCAUAUGGCUGGAUGAGGUGGAGUGUGAGGGGAAUGAGACGUCCCUGUGGAGCUGCUCUUCUCCAGGCUGGGGAAAACACAACUGUCAACACAAGGAGGAUGUAGGAGUCGUGUGCUCAGAGUUUAAAGAGAUCAGGUUAACUGAGGGCUGUGAAGGGAAUGUGGAGGUUUUCUACAAUGGAUCCUGGGGUAAUGUGUGUUACAAUAAGAUGGACAGAGACACAGCGAGUCUGAUCUGUCAAGAGCUGAACUGUGGAAGAUCUGCCAGUGAACCCAAUUAUUCAGAGGGACUGAAGUCUCAUAAUUGGCUUGAUAAACUUAAUUGUCGACGUCAUGAUUCCACUAUAUGGCAGUGUCCAUCUUCACCCUGGGGACUGAAUGACUGUAAUAAUGAAGUGGCAAAGAUCACCUGCUCAGAGGAGGAGAAUCAUGAAUCUCCUCAGAGUCGUCUGACAUGUUCUACCUCACCAUCUCCUCACCAGAGACAGUGUUCAGAUCAUGUUCCUCUCAGACUGAGUGGAGGGGAGGGCCGGUGCUCUGGGAGGCUGGAGGUGUAUCAUAACGCUGUGUGGGGCUCAGUCUGUGAUGAUCUGUGGGACAUCAGCGAUGCUCAGGUGGUCUGCAGACAGCUGGGUUGUGGAGCAGCACUGAGGGCUGAUGGGAAUUCAGUCUUUGGUGCUGGUAAAGAUGUUGUGUGGCUGAACAGAGUCGAGUGCAGAGGGAAUGAGAUUCACCUGUGGGACUGUCUUCUCUCCCUGAAGAACCACACUGACUGCUCCAACAAAGAUCACGCUGGACUCACCUGUGCAGAUUUGCCAGAUUUGUCAGUGUCCACUACUCCUGCCACAACAACAUCAUCUUCUCCUCCAGUUUCUCAGACAGUGAGCUCAACAUCAGUCUCUCGUUCACAAACUCCUCCGUCUCUCUCUGUGCUUGUGAUUGUACUGGGAGUUGUGCUCUUACUGCUCUUAGUGCCACUGCUUAUACUGAUUCAGCAGAACAGAGUGAUGAGGAGAGCUCUCUCUAAGAGGAGACACAGGAGCACGACUGAGGCCGUUUAUGAGGAGAUUCAUCACAGACACAAUCACUUCACUCAGAGGGGGAGUCUCAUCUCUGAAGAACUGCAUUCUGGGUAUGAAGAUGCUGAUGAGCUUCUCUCAGAAAAAGAGUUCAAGACUGUAUAUUAUAAUGAUGUCACCAAUGGCCUGAAAGAAGAGAUGAUGAAGGAAAUCACACCGGGAUACUAUGAUGAUGUCAUCACUGAUGGACUGAAACCAGAUCGUGAGACAGAAGACACACCUGAGAGUUAUAAUGAUGACAUGACGAGUGGACAGAAAUUUAAUAUUAAACAAGUGGACACACCGGAGCAUUAUGAUGAUGUCAUCAUUAAUGGACAGAACAUUCCAGGUGUAACAGAAGAGAUGAUGAAGGAAAUCACACCGGGAUACUAUGAUGAUGUCAUCACUGAUGGACUGAAACCAGAUCAUGAGACAGAAGAUACACCCGAGAGCUAUGAUGAUGUCAUGACGAGUGGACAGAACUCAAUCAAAAAUGUGGACACACCAGAGAAUUACGAUGAUGUCAUCAUUAAUGGACAGAAAUUUCAAGAUGUAACGGAGGGAGAUCAGGAGGAGUAUGAUGAUGUGAAGAACAGCGAUGAAGAUGAGAGAAACCUCUUAGACUAUGAUGAUGUAGGGGAGGAGUCAAAUAAAAAGGGAGGGGCCAUAUGACUCACUGACCACACCCACUGCCUCUGCUCAUCAAAUCAUAUUACAGUUACUGGAGAUACUGGGAGUUCCUUAUACUGCUAUUAAAGAUUAUUGUUUUUGAUAUCUUAAAUACUUUUGUAUAAAUGGGUACUUGCAUUGCAACAUUUUGUAGUAUCUCUAUUUUUAUAUCAAUAUUUUUCACCUAAUA